AAGCGGCGGUGGUGGCGGAGCGGCGGUGGAGGUGGUCGCCGCCAUGCCGGGCGCGGCGGAGCUGCGGGAGCAGAUGGAGGCCUUCGUGGCGCGGCUGCGGGGCGGCGGCGGGGGGCGGCCGCGCUCCGAGGACACGGCGAGGCAGACGCUGGCGCUGCUGCGGAAAAUCAUCGCGCACGGCCACUGGGGCUCGGCCGGGGAGCUGAUGGAGCUGAUCCGGGCGGAGGGCCGCAGGAUGGCAGCGGCGCAGCCGUCCGAGACCACCGUGGGCAACAUGGUGCGGAGAGUGCUGAAGGUCAUCCGCGAGGAGUACGGCAGGCUUCGCGGGCGCAGCGAGGAAAGCGACCAGCAGGAAUCCCUGCACAAGCUUCUGACUUCUGGAGGGCUGAAUGAGGAUUUCAAUACCUCCUACCCUACCCUCAAAGCUAACGUUAUUGAAGCUAUCAACGAGCUGCUAAUAGAGCUAGAGGGCACCACGGAUAACAUCGCAAUGCAGGCACUGGAGCACAUCCACUCCAACGAGGUGAUCAUGACCAUUGGCUACUCUCGCACUGUUGAGGCCUUCCUGAAGGAGGCUGCCCGCAAGAGGAAAUUCCAGGUCAUUGUGGCGGAGUGCGCGCCGUUCUGCCAGGGGCACGAAAUGGCAGUCCGGCUGUCCAAAGAGAACAUCGAGACUACUGUCAUGAGCGACGCAGCUAUUUUUGCUGUCAUGUCUCGAGUCAACAAGGUCAUCAUUGGUACGAAGACGAUCCUGGCCAACGGGGCGCUGAUCGCCGUGAGCGGCACUCACACCCUGGCGCUGGCAGCGAAGCACCACUCCACCCCGCUCAUCGUGUGCGCCCCCAUGUUCAAGCUCUCGCCACAGUUCCCUAAUGAAGAAGACUCAUUCCACAAGUUUGUGUCGCCACAGGAAGUGCUGCCAUUCACAGAAGGGGAGAUCCUGGCCAAGAUCAACGUGCACUGCCCAGUGUUUGACUACGUCCCACCAGAGCUCAUUACUCUCUUCAUUUCUAACAUCGGGGGUAACGCGCCUUCCUAUAUCUACCGCCUCAUGAGUGAACUCUACCACCCAGAUGACUACGAACUCUAACACCAAGCACGUCUGUCACUCUCCAGACUUCUCCCAUCUUUCUAAAGAGAAAGAUGCAUCAGCUAAUUAACGCCUGUGUUGCAAAGAUGAGUUGCUGUGGGGAAUCUGCUCAGUGCAAUGUCCUCCCUACCAGAAAGACCAGAAGACAGAUCGCUCGUACAGGUUUUGACCCUCUGCUGUUACAAGUCGCAGGGAGCUGCUAACCAACUUCAAUUUUGAAAUAGCAAGGCAUCCAAGUCACUCUCUGGGGCAGCUAAGCUGUUAUUUCAAGGUGUGCUGUAAUAAAGGCUGUUCAGGGUGACCUCAGGGUUACUCAUGUUUCCAUGUAGAAUUAGUUUGUUUCCAUAACUAGCAGGAGUCUUACCAGUGCAGUGAGCUGCCUGCACCCGUGCUGCCGUAGGAAGCUGAAGGUGUGUUUUGCCUACGACUGUAAUAGAAAUCCACUAGUAAUGUGUUUCAAAAAUGAGUGUUUUGGUAGAAUUUUAUGUCAGUUUUUGCUGAGUUGCUGAAAUACAACUAUUUUUUUUGUAACGUGCUGGAAUAGAAAUUGCCUUCUUGAUGAAAGGCAGGCUUCUGUCAGCAAGCUUGUUCGCCUCUGCAUCACAGGGCAGAGCUCAAGCUCUUGCUUUGCUUAUUGGAGUCUGUGGGUCUUCCUUCCCAUUUGCUACUGGGUGACUGGGAUUAUUCUUCUCUGGCAGGCAUCUUGUCCUGUUCUGAAAGCUCUUGCUUUUUGUGAGGGGCAGCAGAUGUCAAUAGCAUUUAUUUUUUAACGUAGGUUUUAACACAGAACAAGGAUGGCUGUGAUUUAAAUAAAAAGGCAUCUCUUACUGUUCUGAAAUACUCCUUUUUAGCCUAGGCUGAGAUGCAAAAUAGAACAGGAAUGUGUUCGAAAAAAAAAAAAAAAAAAA